AUGGACUCUACUGUCUCCGGCUUACAAACAACACCCUCGCCUAGCCAAAGGAGACAUUCCCUCCUUGAGCUAUCCGAAAAGUUCCGGCAGCUGGCCAAUAUGCAGAUAAAGCAAGAAAUAGAGGAUGUGAAGAGCGUGCCCGAGUUCCGCGACCUGAUCCAUCAACUUUGUCAAGAAGCACCGGCUAUUGCGCAAGUCAUCGCUGUGGCAAUUCGAGAAAAAAUUCCAGACCCGUCUCCUCGCUUAUCCUCGAAACGAAAACGAGGACACGAUCCGUCUUAUCGGCCGAGUCACUUGGUGCAGCCCAUUUCAAAGAGGCAAUGUACCGACGAUAUCAGCGCAGUCGAUGAGCCUAUGACCCCUGAGAGUCCAAUCCCUGAAUGUGAAAUUCCGGAAACUGAGGAUGCACUAGAAUCUAUGAUCUGUGUCGACUCGGCUGAACUCAGAUCCGCCUAUGAGCAUGAGAGCAGGUUGGAUGUUCACUCGACGGCGCUUAUCAUGAAUGAAGAGAAUCCCGCUAGAAUCGAGGAUGUCCAAUACAACACAGUGCCGACAUCCCCCGAUGGAGAGCAUAAGGAGUCGCGAGCCAUACCCGAAGAGGAUCUCACCGAGGAUGUCUCUUUUCUGGAUACAGUCUACCAUGCAGUUAACAUCAUCAAUCAGAUAAAAAAAUAUCCGAACGGUCCGCCACAGGCUGUUCACAUUCAGAUCCUACAGACCUUCCAGACUAAUCAGAUGACGACUGUCGAGUCGAACAGGGGUCAAUGGUCAGAUGGAACGAUGUGGAUGCAGGUCCUGGAGGGAAGUUCCGCCUCAAAUCGUCGGUAUACCAUACUCAAUAUGCUGGAAUACAUGGGAGCCUCAAAAUGGUAUGACGAUCAGAUUGAACUGGCACAGCGUACAGUCUACACUAAAGAGAAUAAAGCGGUAGCUUGGAAAGGGGCUGCAAGUCAUGUGCUAAACCGCAUCACCCGUGAGCACGGCUCGCUCAAUAAGAAGCUGAUCACCAAUCAGCUCUCUAGAGGGAAGAAAUUGCGUAUGAAGCUAGUCAAGAACCUUGGGCUAGGGAUCCUGUUUAGUCCCAAAAUAUGGAAUUAUACCAAGCGAAGUAUGACUCAACUAGACCGGUUGGUUACGUACUUCCUUGCGGAUACUCAACGUAUGGCACUGUUAAAAAUUCUCAGUGGGCAGGUGGAACGACUAGUCAACAAUAGCUGCACUGACCCGGAAGCCUUGUAUAUUUCAUUGAGAGAACACAGUCUCAUCUCUCAAGAAGAGCUUCAGAAGAUCAGAUCGAGCCAUGAAUCGGAACACGACGCGCUUCCGGAAGGGACCUUGGAAAGGGCGUUUAAUCAAUUGACUAGUCAAGUCAGCACUCAAGUUUUUAAUAAGAGAAGCCUGGAUUAUCAUGAUACGUUCAUUAUCAACGACAACCUAAAACGACCAGCCCCUAUAUUAUCUUCAUUACGCCCUGGACAGUGGCUUGAUUGUUGGGUUCUCCAGGUAGCCAUGGAAAUAUCAGACCGGCCAACUUCCGUCAGGUUUUGUGAAAGCAUUCCAGUGAAUGACAUCAAAAGACAUGACCGAAUAAAACCACUCAAGAAGCCUUUUGAGGCUUGGGUGAAAGAGAUCGCUGAGCUCCGUAAAAAAGCAGAAUCUGGACUAGAGAGCUGUACGUCUUUGAUUUUCUACGCUCCCAUCUGCCAUACACAUUCGCAUUUCACCCUUCUCGAGAUCAAUGAUGGUGAAAAAGUGAUCCGACAUUAUGACUCACUGGCAAAGCCGACGACUAUCAAUGGCACGAAGAAGACAAGAUUCGCCGCCCUGGUUGAGGAUGAGUUUGGUCAUUUAGGAUACAAAUAUAUUGAAAUGCCUACACCGCAACAGAGUGACAACUGGAGUUGUGGGGCUCGUGUUAUCUGGAACUUCAGACGACGAUGUAAUGGAUUUGAGAUCGGGUCGUGGGAUACCGUGCUGGACUCGGAACGCAUACAGUUGGAUAUUGUCAACAGUCUUAUGGCAUGUAUUGAUUCAAACGCUAUGCAAAAGUAUAGCCGCCGCCGCGAACGUGGCAUCAGAGAAAACACAUCAUUUUCAGAUAUGCUCGGGGAAGAAGGGUCAAAACAGAGUGGCGUUGAGUUGACAUGUAUAGAUUAG